GUCUACCGAAGCACACCUUGGGCAAAAUGUUUUAUAGCACAAUGCAUGCUCACACGAUCGAAUGGUCCCUCUACUCUCUUUUUGUAAGCAGCUAGCGAUCGAGUAAGGUCGAUCGUCAUGAGCCAAGAAUUCCUCCUAGUGGCCGGACAACCGUCACCGAGGCAGGAGCAGCAAGUGCUGCACGCCGUCGUCCGGGAAGAGGAGCGCACACCAGGAGACCGACAGCGGCAGCAUGGGUACGCCGCCGUACAACAAGGCCGUGGCCCGACCUUGUCCGGCUACGGCCACAAGCGCAACAUCACUCUGAUCCCGCUUGUCUUCCUCAUCUACUUCGAGGUGGCCGGCGGCCCGUACGGCGCCGAAAAGGCCGUCCUCGCAGCCGGGCCGCUCUUCACCCUGCUCGGCUUCCUCGUCUUCCCCUUCGCGUGGGGCGUCCCGGAGUCGCUCAUCACCGCCGAGCUCGCCACCGCCUUCCCGGGCAACGGCGGCUUCGUCCUGUGGGCCGGCCAUGCCUUCGGCCCGCUCGCAGGCUUCCUCCUCGGCUUGUGGAAGUACCUCAGCGUCGUCAUCAACAUCGCCGCCUACACGGCCCUCAUCGCCGACUACCUUGGCGGAGCAGUAGCGCAGCCCGGCGGGGCGCGCACGGGCACGGUGAUCGGCAUGACGCUGUUGCUCUCCUUCGUGAACUACGCUGGCCUGAGCAUUGUCGGGUGGGGUGCCGUGGCGCUGGGGAUGGUGUCCCUGGCGCCGUUCGUGCUCAUGACGGCCAUGGCGGUGCCCAAGAUACGGCCGAGUCGGUGGGCGUCGCAGGUGACCAAGGGGAAGAAGGACUGGAGGCUCUUCUUCAACACGCUCUUCUGGAACCUCAACUACUGGGACUGCGCGAGCACGAUGGCCGGCGAGGUGGAGCGGCCCGAGCGGACGUUCCCGCGGGCGCUGGCGGUGGCCGUUGUUCUGAUCGCCGGCAGUUACCUGCUGCCACUCAUGGCCGCGAUCGGCGCGACAGACGCGUCGCCGGAUGCGUGGGUCAACGGCUACUUGGCUGAUGCGGCAGGCAUCAUCGGUGGCCCAUGGCUCAAAUACUGGACCGGGGCCGGCGCAGUGAUCUCCUCCAUCGGAAUGUUCGAAGCCCAGAUGAGCAGCGGCGCAUUCCAGCUCCUCGGCAUGGCAGACUUGGGCCUCCUCCCAGCCGUCUUCUCCCGUCGCGCCGCCCGGACCGACACCCCAUGGGUGGCUAUCGCCGUGUCGACCGUCGUCACGAUCGCCGUCUCCUUCCUCCGCUUCGACGACGUUGUCGCCACGGCUAACUUCUUGUACAGCCUCGGCACGAUGCUCGAGUUCGCAUCCUUCCUCUCGCUACGCGUCAAGCACCCAACGAUGAAGCGCCCUUACCGCGUGCCGCUGCCAUUGCCCGCGCUUGUGGCCAUGUGUGCCGUGCCAUCCUCGUUCCUGGCCUACGUAUGUGUGGUGGCCGGGUGGAGGGUAUCCGCCCUUGCUGCCGGACUGACUAUGCUCGGCGUCGGGUGGCAUUGUGUCAUGAGGGUGUGCAAGGCGAAGAAGUUGCUCACGUUCAACAACAACACAGUUUCUGCUGACCCUCGACGGGAUACUGCAGAUGGUUAUCAUCUGGUUUCGGGUUGAAAAAUUAUCACUUGGAUCAAAAGUGUGUAUGGAUAUUUUACAUGCUCGUUGUCACCCAAAUAAUCUACGAAUUAGUUCUAAUA